AUGGUUAUGCUUGGCGAUGAUUACGAUUUUUUGUACAAAGUGAUUCUCAUUGGUGAUUCUGGAAUCGGAAAAUCUAACCUCCUUUCUCGAUUUGCAAGAAAUACCUUUAGUGUUGAAUCAAAGUCGACGAUUGGAGUCGAAUUUUCAACCAGAAUAGUCUCAGUUGACGAAAAACGUGUAAUGGCUCAGAUUUGGGAUACAGCCGGCCAGGAAAGAUUCAAGACUGUUACUGGAGCAUACUAUAGGGGAGCGCAGGGAGCACUAAUCGUCUAUGAUAUCACAAAGCCCAGUUCAUUCGAAUCAUGUAGGCAGUGGUUGCGAGAUUUACGCGAACAAUCGGAGAACGUAACGGUAAUGCUUGUCGGGAACAAGUCUGAUCUGAGAAACCUACGUGAAGUCUCAUCAGAUGUAGCGAAAAAAUUUGCAGAGGAGAAUAACCUCACCUUUAUUGAGACCUCGGCUUUGGAUAGCUCAAACGUUGAGAAGGCAUUUACGCAGGUUCUCACAAAAAUUUAUCGAACAGGGAUAGCAAAUAUUCGUAAUAAUGGUGUCGAUGGAGUCAAGCUUUCAAGCGACGCAUCACUGCCAGUUUCUAAGAAAGGUUGUUGCCGGUCCGCAUAA